AUGGAUUUGUUAUUAAUGAGGAACAUUUGUCCCGCCGGAAAGCAGGCGUUAAUUUGUUUUUUUAUUUCUACUAUAGUAUUUACGACGUCGUUUUUCUCUGGGAGUGUUCUAGGGUUCUCGUCGGAACUGUGGGCCUUGACUUAUUGGGGUCCGGCGCUGUAUUUUUGUCUAUUUAACUUCAUAUUAAGAUACUGCUAUAAAGGCUUCAUGUAUGAGGUAUCAAUUAGAUCAGCAUUUCUUGGUGCCACAUUCUCCCUGGGCAUCUUCCUGACUAGCUUUGACAAUGGCUGGCGAGUGUUUGGGCUGUACACCAUUAUCCUGUCCUUCUUCCACUUCUCCGAGUUUGUGUCUGUGGCUCUGACCAAUCCGAGGACUUUAUCGGUGAACUCAUUUAUAUUGAACCAUAGUGUACAGUAUGGUGCUGCUGCGGUAGCCAGCUGGAUAGAAUGGGGAGUGGAGUACUACUUCUUUCCUGAUAUGAAGAGUUACUUCUGGCUGUCUGCACUGGGUGUGGUAAUGUGCAUCACAGGGGAGGGACUCAGGAAGUCUGCUAUGUUCACUGCCAAGACUAAUUUUAAUCACACUGUACAAUUUGUAAAGCGACCAGACCAUCAACUAGUGACCCAUGGAGUGUACUCACUGUGCAGACACCCAAGCUACGUGGGCUGGUUCUACUGGUCCAUUGGUACACAGAUAACUCUACUAAAUCCAAUUUGCGUAAUAAUCUAUACGUUAGCAUCGUGGACGUUCUUCCGCGAGCGCGUGUACGCUGAGGAGCUGACGCUGCUGACGUUCUUCGGGCCGCAGUACGUGGAGUAUCAGAAGCAGGUCGGCACAGGCCUCCCCUACAUCAUGGGAUACAUCCCCGAGAACACCGGGCAGAACAUCAAGGAUGAUCAUUGGAGUUACUAA